GCAGUAUGGCGACGGGAUGGAUCCGACCCAGCUGCGCGCCAUCUUUACAGCCGAGGAGGUGAAGCUCCUGCACAACCAGUUCAGGACGGCCCGCAAAGGCAACGAUCGUGUCUCCACGGCCUUCGAGGAGGCCGACAAGUUGGGAGUGCGGGAGGGGAAGAACAAGGCGAAGCUCGGGUACGUGAUUGCAUGGCUCAAGGAUGCAUCCGAUCUAGACCCGCGCGUGAUCUCCGAAGCGCUCAGGAUAAACAUCGCAGCUCUGCAGGACCCCUCGAUGCAGGAGGCCUUCUGGGAGCUCUCGGUCAGCACCACGACCAGCGAGGGCAUCAAGCGCAAGUCGGUCUGGAAGCCGUGGAAGCAGAUGCUGGACAAAUACGGCGAGGAGGAGGCGGAGGAGCGGCUGGAGGCUGGAUCCAUCAAGGUCAGGCGCGACCCAGCCCAUCCCAAGAGGAGGCAAUACCUUGACGUGGAGGACGAGCACGAGAAAUCGUUCAGGCGCGACAAGGUCGGCACCGCGCGCGGCAGGAAGGCCAUUGACAACGACGAGUUCCAAAACCUGUCGUCUGGUCUGGGGUCCGCCGAGAUG